CAAGUAAGUCAAAUGCGUUUCAAACAAUUCCUCGACACUUGAAAAGAAUUUCGUCAUGGCGUCGGGAAGAAACAAAUCCCUCACUUUCAAAGUGGUCCUGUUAGGAGAGGGCUGUGUUGGAAAAACAUCUGUUGUUCUACGAUACUGCGAGAACAAGUUCUACGACAAGCACAUUACAACUUUACAGGCAUCUUUCUUCACCAAGAAGCUAAACAUUGCAGGAAACAGGGUGACUCUUUCAAUAUGGGAUACAGCAGGUCAGGAAAGAUUCCAUGCUCUCGGUCCCAUAUAUUACAGAGACUCCAACGGAGCUGUUUUGCUAUAUGAUAUCACAGAUGAGGAUUCAUUUCAAAAGGUCAAAGGGUGGGUAAAAGAACUGAGAAAAAUUCUGGGAAAUGAUAUAUGUCUUUGUAUUGUUGGCAAUAAGACAGAUUUAGACAAAGACAGAAAUGUUUCAGCACAAGAGGCAGAAAGAUACGCUGAGUCAGUUGGGGCAGAGCAUUAUCACACAUCAGCAAAAUUAAACUUAGGAAUUGAAGAACUCUUUCUUAACCUGUGUAAACGAAUGAUGCAGGUGGCAAUUGUGGACGAGAGGGCAAGAAUAAACAACGUCCCUUAUUCGGGAACUGCUCGACGUAGCUUACAGAUUGUGGAUGCUGAGCCAGAAGACUCCGGCACUUCCUCGGGGACGUGUUGCUCCUCAGGCUAGCCUGUGGUCUAUAGCUGACUCUUGUGUUCUCCAUUACAACAGCUAACCUCCUCCUUACCCUUUGUGGAAAGCUCCUCUUAUGCAGUAUGCUUAACUUUUUGGAUUUGUUGAGCAAAGUAAGUGUGACCUGGGAAAUUGUUUAGUAUGACCU